GGCAGGAAAGCGCAGGCUCGGCGCUACCGCCCACGCUCGCUCCUGCCGUCGGUGUCUGGCUGGGGCCGCGCGUGACCGGCAUGAGUGCGUUCGCGGGCCAGUGACCGCGUCAGGGAUGGACUGCGGCUCCGUCACGAACGAGAGGCCGAAGCGCCGCCGGCGGCUUCUGCUCUCCCUGGUCGCCGGCCGCGGUGGAGGCCCUGGAGGCCGCGGCGUCCCCACGCGCCACCUCCUGCCCGGGCUCCUCGGCGGUCUGGGGGCGCUGCGCCUCCGCGCCCCGGCGGCCCGCGGCGGCGCGUCACGUGCCUCCCCGCUGCUCCUCCUCCUGCUGCUGCCCUCCCCGCGCCUGGCUGCUGCCUCCCCGCGCCGGCCGCUGGCGGACUGGGAGCGCUCGCGCGCCGGGCCCUCGGCUGCCCUGGCGGGGCGCGGCUGCGCGAGGAGGUGCCAGCCGGGCCUGGCCCCGGGCGUCACCUGUGCGGCGGGCGCGGUCCACCUGUGCCUCGGCCAGGUGGCCGCCCUCGCUUCCUCCAGGAGAGAGCUUAGCGUCUGUGCUGGGAGCCUGCAUCUGGAGAGCAAAAGGAGAGAUUUCACCUCUUCUCGGAGUAGGAAGCUCUACUUUGACACCCAUGCCUUCGUGUGUUUACUCGAAGAAAAUGGGUUUACUACUCAACAAGCAGAAAUCAUUGUCUCUGCCUUAGUCAAGAUCAUGGAGGCCAACAUGGAUAUCGUCUACAAAGAUAUGGUCACCAAGAUGCAGCAGGAGAUCACUCUUCAGGAAAUAAUGUCUCAGAUUGCCAAUGUGAAAAAAGAUAUGAUUAUUUUGGAGAAGAGUGAAUUUUCAGCCCUCAGAUCAGAAAAUGAGAAAAUAAAACUUGAACUACAUCAGUUAAAACAACAAGUAAUGGAUGAAGUGAUCAAAGUCCGAACAGAUACCAAAUUAGAUUUCAGUCUAGAAAAGAGCAGAGUAAAAGAAUUGUAUUCAUUAAACGAAAGGAAGCUGCUGGAAGUAAAAACAGAAAUGGUGUCAUUGCACGCCCAGCAAGAUCGGGCCAUCACGCAGACAGACAGGAAGAUAGAUACCGAGGUUGCUGGCCUCAAAACCAUGCUUGAGUCACACAAGCUUGAUAAUAUUAAAUAUUUAGCAGGAUCUGUAUUUACGUGCCUAACAGUAGCUCUGGGAUUUUAUCGUCUGUGGAUAUAAUAAAUUGACUUUAUAACUCUGAGUGGUGGUGGACGAAGCAAGGAAGACUCCACUCAGCUGGGCCAGUGAACUUGGUCUAACCUUUGGGACAUACCAACAGUAAAUAUUUGUAUAACUCUCCACAAUUUUAAAUCUUUUGUUUUAAUGGAGGAUUGGGGGUCUCCAUUUAAAAGGCACAGGAGCUUUACUAAGUGCUGAAGAAUCAUUGUAACUGAAUCCUCUUCACCUACUGACCCAGACCCUAAUGUCAGCCGGUUGUGUUUCAAGGUUGUUAGAGGUUGUGUUAGAGGUUGUUUCAAGUCCGCUUGGUUGGUAGCCUCAUGCUACAUUGUACUUUACGCCCAAAAGAGAUUUUUUUCUUGUAAUUUCCACUGUCUUAGUUAUUGUUCUGUUCAUUUUCUGUGUGCCUUCCAGCUAGAAAAUCUUGUUGCCUGAUGAAGCACUGUGAUUGGGAUGCAGACUCUCUCAGCCUCCUAGAGUGGUAACUUCCUCUCCCUCCCUCCCUCCCUCCCUCUCACUUGGCCCCUUCUCCUCUCCUCCCUCUUGGUGUGAGAGUUGUUACAACGCCUCAGGUGUGGCACUGCCUCCCUAGAGAACAGGCUCACCCUCGGCGUGGAAGUCUACUUCAGUCUGUGGGACAGGCUUUCUUCCUUCUGGUCUUCCAAGGGAGGCACGAGGUGUAACUUCUGUAGCAAUAUCUAGAUGUGUAGAUAGUGCACGUACUUUCCAGAAAUGUCUUUAAUGAAUACGCCUUUGCCCAUUACAAGCUCAGGUCAUAGGCUUUGAAAAUUAGAUAAUUUUCAUGCCAGGUAUCCUAAUCUAGGUUGAUUUCUUUGGUUGUUAAAGACAUUCUCAUACCAACCUUACCUCUGUAUUUAAAACAAAUUCCAAGAUACAACUGGGGGUAUUUUGAAGACGCACAUUCUCAUCUUACUUGAAUGACCUGCACGUAGAGAGAAUAGCAUUUGAGAAACGAUGACACUGAAUGGCACCUUCCUGUCUUUCUCCACAUGCACACGUGUGCAUAUAACCUGGUCCAGUGGAGAAACCACAUAGAGACUUCUGGAUCAGACUGGUACAAGUGCCCAUCGUCAUUGUUCCAUCCACACUGGUGAAAAGUUACCUUCUGUCCUUUGGGUGUCAUUUCUAAACUUUGUAACGUGUAAGCCAUUUGAAAUGUUUGAAACAUUUGUGUAGCAUAAAGAUUCUGAGCUCCAGAUAAGUAUAAACAUCAAGUACUUUGGCAUGAGUGGUGUAAGUUUCAAAGUGAAUAAUAAUUUAAUCUUUUUUCAACUAGAUCCAAAAUUAUCUUAACUGGUUCAUAAAACAUUUUAUAGAUAUAUUCUUCCCCUUUCAGAGGAGCCCCAGAAAAUACUGUACAUUUAACAACUGCGCUAAGUAUUAAAGAGUUAAAUAAAUGACAUACCAUUAAGACCACCUUUGCGAUAUAACUUUGGCUAGUAGGAGCCUGAAGGAGCUUGGAGCACAGACACUCCUCCAAAAAAAAGAAUCCCCAAGAGGAAACAGUACUGUAUGCAAUUUUGUUUCAAAGCAAAUAAUAACUUUUACAGGUUAAAAACAGAAAGUGAAGUGACCUUAUAUCCUGACAAGAUAUUUUUAAAAUAACAUUUCAGUUCGGUGACUUUCUGUCCUCUGUCAGAAGUAUUCCAGAUGACAUUCCUACUGGUGAUGCUGGGGGCCACAUCAGUCUGUCAGUUAAUUUGGACCGCUGAUUUUGCUGCAGAGUUCUCUGCAGUACGGAACAGCCCCCCCACCUUCCCUGCCUUGGGAACAGUGCACUUUCCUUUUGGUGACCUGGAUUGCAUGUGUAUAUGGAGGCUGGGAGGGUUCAGGACCAUAUUCCCUUUCUUUAGUCACGUGUAUUAUAUUUGAAAAGCAUAAGAGCCAGAAAUACAAGUGUACCCUUCCUGGUGUGGACCCAGACGUCUGUGAACACGUAAGUGACUGGGACUGGACACAGUGUGAUGGCUCCUGAGCUCACCUGGCUUAGAGGAUGCAGGUCACUUUAGGAAAUUCGGCAUUAGCACUCAUAAGGGGGAAGAUGCCUGGCAAAAUUCCCAGAUACCCAGCGUCUAAGCACACGGGGAAAUUAGCCAUAGCCAGGUCCUGAAAAUUACCCCUCCAGGCACAGGUGCCUAAAGCAGAAUGUCAGGUGGACAGAAUCUGUAUUUCCUGUUCAUGCACAAAUCACUUAGGAGGUCCCUCCGCCCUCCUGCUUUCUCUCCCCUCCCCUACUCUUUAUCUUUUUUUAAAGAGCUUAAACUCCAACCCCACUCCUUUCCUGGACCCUUAAUAAGCGAGCCUGUUUGUGUGUACGGUUCUUUACAAGAAACCUGAAUUUUUUUUUUUUUUUUUUUUUGCGGUACGCGGGCCUCUCACAGCUGUGGCCUCUCCCGUUGCGCAGCACAGGCUCCGGAUGCGCAGGCUCAGCGGCCAUGGCUCACGGGCCCAGCCGCUCCGCGGCGUGUGGGAUCCUCCCGGACCGGGGCACGAACCCGCGUCCCCUGCAUCGGCAGGCGGACUCUCAACCACUGCGCCACCAGGGAAGCCCCAAGAAACCUGAAUUUUGAUUUCUGUGCUGGUCUUAGUCCUCCGCUGGUUUUCCAGCUCAGUAUCUAACAAAACUCAGUCUUAAGGUCUUCAUCUUUUCCCUUAAGUAUGCCAAGUACCUCAGCUGAGAAGUCACAAGUUCAGGAAGAAAGGCUUGACUCAAAGCAGCCAUCUUACUGGAAUUUGUCUCUGAACUCUUUAAAAACCAAAAUCCUGAGCUGCGGUGUCUAUGUCGCUGCCUGGGUGGUGUCCCUUGGCCGCCGCAUGGAGCUACGGGCUCUUCCCUCUGCUCCAGGCUCCUCCUUUGCAGCCUCUCCUCCUGUUAAUUAGCUGUGUCAGCGUUGGCAGGCACCUCUCUUCCUCCCCCCUGCUAUGCUGUGUUCUUAAGAAUUUUGGCGUCAUUUCUGAACAAAUGUCAUAUAGAUGGCACUAUGGAGCUCAUGUCUAGAAAAGUGGCUUUUAACAUAUGUUUAUCAAAUGUGUUGUGACUUUUCUGACACUAAAGCAAAAACAUGUUAAUCAGGAAUAAUUUAUUCUUUAUAUAAAAUGUUUGAGACUGUUUAGCCUUUUAUCGGAAUUUCAUUUGGAAAAUAUCAGUCUUUCUACAGAUUUAUAACCUAUGUUCCUCUGAUUAUAACCCAAACCAUUUCUUAACCCUUUCGUUACUUAAGCAAAUAUUCAAUUACAUUUUACUAUAUAAUAGAGUGGGCAUAUUUUUAUGAUAUAAAAUAAAAUAUUUAAUUCUCUAUAUGUGACUGAUAUACUUUUCUAUCUGUUCCAAUUGAAUGUGAAAACUAGAACUUCUGCCUACGCUGUAUUUCAACUAUUAUUCCCUCCAAUUGUGAAUGGUAACAUUGCUGUAUUAUUUUUUAAAUCUAAUACCUAAACAUUUGGAUUUGCAUAGAGGAUACGUUUGAAAGUGAUCGUUUGAUUUACAAAAUAAAUUUUUUUUACUAUUCAAAAGAA